AUGGCACCAGCUGGAGAUCUCGGUAGGAGACUCAUCCCUUGCAUCCUGGAUGAGAUGUCCAGAGAUGAACCUGAUCGAGUUAUUUACUCCAUUGCUAAGUCUGCCGAUAUUUCCAAGGGCUUCACAGAAAUUACAGCUCGCGAGUUUGCCAAUGCAGUGAACAAGACCGCCUGGUGGUUGGAACAUCUUGUUGGCAAGAGCGAAUCAUUCCAGACCAUUGGAUAUAUCGGGCCGCAUGACAUCCGCUAUUUCCUGCUGAAUCUGGCCUGCGUCAAAGUAGGAUAUCAAGUCAUCUUUUUGUCGCCGGGUAAUAGCAUUGAAGCUGCCAUGGGUCUUCUUGCGGCGACCAAAUGUAGCCUUUGGGUUCAUCCGGUGGACUACCCGCCGUAUCAACUGGUUGAGAAGAUCCAGCAGACCUGGGAGCUGCGUAUUAUGGAGAUUCCCACAGUCGCAGAACUCCUCGACGCGUCUAGCUCGCCUCAAUAUCCUUAUGCAAAGACCUAUGAUGAAGCAAUGGCGGACACCUUCUGCAUUCUUCAUACGUCUGGUACAACAGGCUUGCCCAAGCCCAUCUAUCUCAGCAACGGGUUGCUUGCUACCAUGGACGCCGCUCGUAUCUUACCGCCAUUUGAGGGUGAUAACGGCGCUCGUCCAUGGGCAACCUUGUAUGAAAAAGGCGAUAGACUCUAUUCCCCUUGUGUACUUCUGCAUGGUCCUGGAAUAUUUAUGAACCUCUUCGCGACGUUCCUCUUUGAUACGCAUAGCGUGAUGGGCCCCGUCGGCGUGCACCCUGACAUGGAUCUGCUCGCAUCACUUGCAGAUUAUGGCAACAUUGAUAUUUGGCAUUUUAUGCCUGUGUACGUCAACGAGCUGGGCCAGCAUCCUGAAGUAUUAGACAAGUUCAGAUCCUCCAAGUUCAUAGGAGCUGGUGGAGGUCCUGUUAGCGCAGAGCUUGCCGCUAAGGUAAAUGAGGUAGUACGUGUUCACAAUUUGUUUGGAACAACUGAAGGCCUCUUCAUGGGUGACAUGCUAGUAGACAAGGAAGACUUCCUAUGGGUUUCGUUUCACCCCUACGCCGGGUUUGAAUACACAGAAAUCGAGAGAGGUCUGUUUGAGCAGCGCGCCGUUAAGAACGAGCACUGGGCUCUGCAUCAAGGAAUCUUUCAUACCUUUCCUGACGUGAAUGAAUUUAACUUCAAGGAUCUGUUCAUCAAACACUCGACAAAGCCUAACCUCUGGCUCUAUAUGGGUAGAAGCAACGACAUUAUCUGCUUGGAGGAUGCGCAGAAACUGUCUCCCAUCGAAACAGAGAACAUGAUCUGUGCUCAUCCCAAUGUCAAAGGAUGUGUAAUGAUUGGAAACGGCCAGAAGUUCGCUUGUCUAAUGGUAGAGCUGAAAGACAAUACUCCAAGAGACUCGGAGACCAUCAAAGUGCUGAUGGAAAAUCUUGGGGAUAUUAUUGACGAAGCAGAUCAGAAUCAGCUGCUGAGGGGCUAUUUGAGACGAGAUUACAUUAUUAUCGCAGAUGCCACAAGAUCUCUUCCGCGUACGGAGAAGGGGACCAUUUCCCGUAGAGCUGCUCUGAAGCUUUAUGAGAAGGAAAUUGACGCGUUUUACCGAUUGAAGGGGGAGGCCACUGUAGGUGUUGGCCAACGUACGGCUCAAGCGGCCUAG